GAAGAUGCUGCGUGCUUCAGACUCGAAUUCCUGUGGAAUCAACAAAUAUCUUUCAGCUAUGUCGGAUUUAACUACCAGUACUUUCAGAGAAUCACCAGAAUCCGCGGAACAAUUAUUGAAUAAUACCAUAUACCAACAUGUUGCUCACAUAGAACAAUUUCCACAUAUAAUUGGCUUCAACGAUCCAUUCUUCGUUGUAGAUAUAGAAGCGAUUCGGCGUCAACAUGAUCUUUGGGUAUCUCAUCUGCCUUUUGUCCGGCCAUUUUACGCCGUUAAAUGCAAUACUAACACUGUCAUGCUGAGAAUACUCAUGCAACUUGGCGUUGGAUUUGACUGCGCUUCCGUUGAGGAAAUGCAUACUGUCCUAUCAUUGGGUGCUGAUCCUGGUAGCAUUAUCUUUGCAAAUCCAUGCAAGGCACCCGAAGCACUUGCUUUUGCCUACAAUGUCGGCGUCAGAAGGACAACCUUUGACAACCUCGACGAGCUGGAUAGCAUAAAUAAAUACAUGCCCAACGCACAACUGAUGCUUAGAAUUUUUGCAAAUGAUAACAGUGCUCUUGUUGCUCUAGGAGACAAAUACGGUGCGCCGCUGGAAUCGACUCAAGCACUUCUCGUACGCGCAAAAAGACUCGGUAUGAACGUCGUUGGAACUAGUUUUCAUAUUGGAUCGGGUGCUUCAGACCCUGCAGUGAUUCGAAAAGCCGUUGAACAUUCCAGAGUGGUCUGGGAUAUUGCAGAAUCUUUAGGAUUCUCCUUGAGAAUUGUCGAUAUUGGCGGCGGCUUUCAGUCCACAGAAUCUGCAUUUGAAAAAAUGGCCGUAGCUGUAUCUAGCGCCAUAUCCGAAGCAGCAUUUCCAGAGCAAACAACUUUCAUUGCAGAGCCUGGACGUUUUUAUGCGCGCAGCGCAUUCACACUUGUUUGCAAAAUUAUAGCACGCCGAGUGUCAACGACGAUAGAAUCUUCCAAAACUUUAGAAAUGUUAUAUCAAAACGAUGGUAUAUACGGAAACUUUAUGAAUGGGCUUAUUGAAAAGGAAGAAUUUAUGCCAACAUUGAUCAGAAGCAAAUUAAAUACCACGAUGGCACGCAAGACUGGGAAUCACACGUACAAGAUCUGGGGCCCAACAUGUGAUAGUACAGAUUGUGUGAGUCGGAGCACCACUUUCGGUUGCGAAGUUAAAAUUGGGGAUUUUUUGGUGUACAAAAAUAUGGGAGCUUAUACUUCAGUUACAGCGACAAAUUUUAACGGAUUUUCCAACCAAACGGGUACUAUCUAUAUCUGUAGCAGUCCCCAAGAUUUCACCCAGAUUGAGGAAUCUAGCAGUGAGGAGGGAACUUGCUCACCAAUGAGCACGACGUUCAGAGUCCCUACUGUCGAAUUGUAAUGUUCUGGCAUAUCACUCAAGUAGUGUUUUUUUGUUUUGUAAAAAGUAUCAAUUGGCUUAUAAACUUGCUUGAUGUUCUCUUUGGGAAAAGGAUUCGGGAAAAGUUAAUGAUGAAUGGGAUGAUUAUGUCGGUCAUCUAGAAGUACGGGAGAAGAGGACAUAUGCGCAAAAUUAUCCAUCGCAGGUAGAAUAUUCCCAAGUAGAACUACUCGAAAAUUGUGUUCAAACUUGAUAAAUAAAUCCUUAUUUAUUCGUGAAUUUAAAAGGUAUUUGGCAAAAGAAUGCUUGUUGGAAUUCCUCAUUAGUUUAUGGCGUCUGAAUACAGACUUUAGCAGUUAAUUUAAGAGAAGUCCUUGACUUAAAAGGAGAACUAAUCAGUUCAAGAAGAGUUCCGAGCUUAGAGAAACUUCUCAAUAUAGUGCAGGCAGUAGAUUCAGAAAGAAAAAAAUAGAUCGAUUGAAGAAAAAAUUCAAAUAGGAAGUGCUGAAUAAAUUAGAGAGUGUGUUUGACCUAGCAGUCACACUGUGCCAAGAACGAACGAGCGAACGACUCCUGAGAACCAAUCCAUCCAGGAGAAAGAAUUGAUCCAGAAGCAGCAUUCACCUCAAGAGGAGCACUGUCAAAAUCAGUAAAGGCACUAAACUCAAGAGAGGUAAUGAUAUCUGGUAAGAAAUGCAUUCUGAAGGAGUGCUUAACUCAGGGGAGACAUUUGUUCCCAGCAAACCAGAAAGCCCAGAAAGGCCUUCAGACCUCGUUGUUACUCUAGCUAGGGAAGUAGACAAGUUUUAUGUAUCUGUAAGUUCCCCUAAUGACUCUUCGCAGCGGGUUGAGGGUACCUGUUUCGUCACAAACCGCAUCAAUCCAUCAUGAUAAGCCGGGCAAAGAUUGCAGUUGAGGUGGUGGCUGGACGUGUUAUGAUAUCAACUAAAGUCGAUAUGAUAAUGACUUUCUUUGCCUACAUUUUGAAGUGACUGUUGAAUGUGCUUCUCUCAGCAGCUAGAAUGUGUUAUAUUCAAGAAACAAUAGAGACAACA